AUGGCCGGAAAUGCCAACCCAGCCUUGCAAUCCCCAAGGGCCAAGAAAUAUACCUGGGCCGUGCAACUCGAGCAUCGCGGCGGGAAUGUGACACAGUCCACCAUCCAUGUUACAAACCAUGCCAAGGGCGAUGUAGUGCAGGGCCUCUGGAAGGCGGCCAAGCAUGACCUAAACCACAAGGAAAAAGCCCUUGCCGCUCUUGGGUUGCUGGAUGUAAGAGCCGAAAUAGUUCCGUCCCCGGAGGAAAACCUUUACCAUGCGCGUACCUCGAGCACGUCUCGUUCGGCCUUCCGACCGCUCAAGCUGAUCACCAUGAGUGAUCUCAGCCUUUCCGUGUUCUCCAAGGUACUCACUCAGAUGAGCCCUGGUGAAUAUACAGUCCGCUUCACGGUCUUUGACAAACAGCCAUUAAUUACCAAGAUCGGGCGCGCUGUUGUGGUGGUGUUAGCAGUUGGAGCUCAGGUUGGGUUGUCGUUCGUGGACAUGUAA